CCGGGCCGCGGACUGUGCAUGGAGACUCCCGCCCCCGUUGCUAUAGACCAUCAGUUUGUUUACUUCCGGUCACGGAUCCUAGGUACAGUACAGUCAGUGACGGCUCUGCGGGUGAUGUGUGUAAGAGCAUCGGGGUGACGGCCCCGUCCCUGUAUCCCAGGCAUGGCCGCCGAAGAGGAGGAGGAGAAGCCGGUACCGGAUUCUGGAGCAUUAUUCACAUUUGGAAAAAGUAAGUUUGCAGACAACUGUCCCAGCAAAUUUUGGUUAAAAAAUGACAAGCCUGCACAUAUAGCAUGCGGAGAUGAACACACAGCUUUGGUUACAGAAAAUGGCAAGCUCUAUGUAUUUGGCAGCAACGCUUGGGGACAGCUGGGUAUUGGAUCUGGCAAUGUCAUCAACAAACCAACAUGUGUCAAAGGAUUAAAAUCAGAAAAAGUAAAAUUUGCUGCUUGUGGAAGAAAUCACACUUUGGUUUCUACAGAACGAGGAAAGGUUUACUCCUCUGGAUGGAACAGUGAAGGACAGCUGGGGCUCGGUGACACUACAGAAAGGACAAGUUUUCAGGAAAUUACCCUCUUUAACGCUCAGGACAAAAUCAAACAGCUUUCGGCGGGAUCAAAUACAUCAGCAGCCCUUACUGUGGAUGGCAAGCUGUUCAUGUGGGGUGAAAAUGUGGAAGGUCAGCUUGGCCUUGCCAAUGAGAAAAAUAUUUGCACCCCUCGCCAAGUGGACAUUGGGAAGCCUAUUUCAUGGAUUUCCUGUGGCUAUUACCAUUCCGCAUUUGUAACACAAGAUGGUGAUGUUUACACCUUUGGUGAACCUGAAAAUGGGAAGCUUGGUCUGCCUACUGAGAAACUGGAGAAACACAAACAGCCUCAACGUGUGCCUGGGAUAUCCGGGAAGGUAAAGAUGGUCUCCUGUGGUGGAGGGCACACCAUUGCUGUGACAGACAAAGAAGUUUACACGUUCGGCCUCGGUCAGUUUGGACAGCUAGGACAUGGCACUUUUAUUUUUGAAACAACUACACCCAAAGUAGUAGAUGCUUUGAAGCCACAUAAAAUUCAGUAUGUAGCUUGUGGGGAAAACCACACUGCAGUAAUUACAGACAAAGGUCUUCUUUAUACUUUUGGGGAUGGACGAUAUGGAAAGCUUGGAUUAGGGGAUGAGAAUUUCACUAAUCAGUUUUCACCCACACUCUGUAUGAACUUUCUGAAGUUUAAUGUCCAGUCUGUGGCAAGUGGUGGCUGCCAUAUGAUUGUCUUUGCUACACCAAGGCCUAAAGCAUCAGAAUCGGGCAUGUUUAGAGAACUGAAAGAAAAUUAUUUAACAGUUAAUGGCAACGGGGACACAUCUGCAACAUUAGAGAGAUCUCUAUCUGCGCGCAUUAGGCGGAGGGAGAAGAAACAAACACCAGAUGAGAUACAUCACUUAACUCGUACGCUGCCACCAUUAAAUGGUCAUUUACUGGAAUCUUCAUUACCUGUUGCUAGCAAAACUGUUCAUUCAGGUCUUUUCAAAGUAAGGCAAGCCAGUUCUGAAUCAAGUGCUCCUGACUCAGCAGCAGUCUCUAAGUUAGAGGGAGAAAACCAGAAGGACAACCAAGUGAAAAGCUUUUCUGCCGAUGACUCAGACACUGUGAGCCAGCGAAGUUUUGGGGGCACAACGGAUACUCUGAAUAUGACUCACGCAGUCAGUUUGAACCGUGGCAGCAGUUCUUUCUCACCAGUUCACAAAAGAAAAACUAAUAAAGAUGAAGAAUCUGAGGAGGAGGACGGAGAUGAGGAGGAAGAUGGAGAAGAGGAUGAGGAAGAAGAUGAAGAUGAUGCAGAUAAUCCAACAGCAGAAAAGAAUGAGCUGAACACACAGGAAAGCAAACCUGAUACACCAGUGACACCACCAAUACAGGCCACAAAAAUGAACCAACAGCAGAAUAUUACAAACAGCCAAACGGAAAAUGAAGUCGAACAUCCCAAAAGUGUUAAUGGAGCCAAUUCUCCAGAAAAUCCAGGCAAAGCUACAUUCCUUGAGAAAACAAGAAGGAUCUCACUUUUUAAAAGACGAUCAACAACAAGUCAAAAGUCACUGCAAGGAAACGAAGAUGUAAAUGCUUCAAAAGAAAAUGAUAGAGAAAAAGCCAAAGAGAGCAAAGAUGAAAACCAGAAUAAGGGUUCAGAAAAGCCCAAUGCCACGGAGCAGUCUAAUCACAAGCUCACAGACACUGGACUGGAUGAACAAGACAAAAAGUCCAAGUCCACCACUUGUGUACUACUAUGAGAGCUACAGUAUUUAUCAGCUAAUAUAAAUAAAAGUGCAGGCAACCUGUAGUUCCAUUGA